UACAGACACCACCAUCAUCAGACAGUCUGCAGGAACGCAAGUGGCCAAGCAUACUGCAUCUUCUGCGGAAAAGAUGCCAUAGAUUCUCUCUCUCUCUCUCUCUCUCUCUCUCUCUCUCUCAUCGUUAGUGGAUUAACCUAACCCCACAGUUAAGUGAAGUGAGGCUGGGAGAACCACACUCCCCCACUGAAUAAUUUAUUCAGAGCUAACAACGUAAUGCGACUUCAUGAAUAACAGAAGUAUCAGCAAGACACAAACCAGCCUGAAGCAACUUGAUAUCAUUCACAAGUCAGCAUUAUGCUGCAGUAGAACUAGACUGGCUUCUGCACUCAGGCCAGCAGCUGUGCUUUGUUGACAAUGAACUGAAAAUAGCUCAAAAUUGUCAUGGAUUGGAAUGAGAUGUGUCCAUCUUCAAAGAUUUUAGACCAUGGGGCCACGCCCAUCAAAGAAGACAAAGAAGUAUGCAUAUGAUACAAGGGGGUGCCAAGCAGCCAUAAUAAAGGUGAGAUCUGACCAGAGGACAGAAGACAAGACCCCUGAUGGGCGCUUCAGCAACAGGGACUACGGUAGGCUGGUCUGGGGUAAGACUACAGGCAGCCGCACCUGGCCAGGCAUUGUUGUGCCCCAUUAUGAAUGUGGAGUGAGGGCUCCCCCUGCAGAGAGAGUAUGUGUAUUUUGGUUUGGAGACAACAGGGUGUCUCAGGUGCCUCUAAGUAAAGUGUCAUCCUUCAAGCAAAAUUUUGGAACAUUUUACACUCAUACCAGAGACCCAGUAUUUCAAAAGGGGAUCACUGUUUGCCUUCAGGAACUUCAACAUCAGUCAGGGUUACCACACCAAGAUUCAGAGGAAGCCUUGCUGCAGUGGGCUGAGAAAGGUUUUCCCAAUGCUACAGACUAUAAUAGACAUGCAGCUGUUCCAUUUUCACCAAAGGUUGAAAAACACCUAGGCUAUAUAAAGAAAGCUAAAUAUUUUGGAGGUCAUUCAAAUGACUCCAGUGAUAGUUCCUCCCCUAAGACAUCAUCAUCUGACUCAGACACCUCAGACGCUGAUGAACGGAGAAAAUGGAGAUCUAAAGCUUCCCUUCUGGAAUUGGCACGCCAAGGAAAAUGUGAUAUAGAGCAGCUGUGUAUUGCAUGCCACCGAACUGAGUGUCAAGUUGUUGCACCACAUCCUUACUUUGUUGGAGGUGUUUGUGAGAAUUGUAAGAUUGAUUUGGAUGAGAACUCUAAGGACAUGGAGGCUGGCAUGAGUGUGCAUUGUGUGGUGUGUGCCAGCCCAGGCAAGUUGUUGAUUUGUGAUUUGCCAGAUUGUGAAAGACUUUACUGCACUGGUUGUGUGAAGCUACUGGUGGCACCCUCUGCAGUCAGAAGCAUAAUGAGGGCUACUCCCUGGUACUGCUUCCUGUGUGAACCCUUCAGCCCUCACACUCAUGGGCUUCUUGAACCAAGGCUAGAAUGGAGAGAAAUGACUUCUGCCACAAAAACUGCUUCAUGGAUGAGCACUUGUGAUGAAGAGGCACUUGAUCCAUCAUCUUUCCCCAAGAAGCCCUUGAGAGUUCUGUCAGUCUUCGACGGCAUUGCCACUGGAUUGGUGGCCUUGGAUAAGCUUGGUCUAGAAGUUGAGGUGUACUACAGCUGUGAGACAGAUGAGAAGGCAACCACCGUGGUGAAUUCAAACUUUGGAUCACGCGUCACAUUGCUUGGCAACGUUGAAGAACUGACUACAAAAAAAGUGAAAAAGCUGUGCCCCAUCGACCUCUUUAUUGGUGGGUCUCCGUGCAAUGACCUCAGCCUUGUGAAUCCCAAGAGAAAGGGUCUUUUUGAUUUUUCUGGAACAGGUUAUCUCUUCUUUUAUUUCUACAAGAUUCUGAAAAGCAUCGAGAGCUUCAAUGGGGAAACUCAUCUUUUUUGGAUGUUUGAGAAUGUCAAGAAUAUGCCAUGCAUCUAUAAAAAGCAGAUAAGCAUCCUUUUAGAAAAACCACCAAUUGUGAUUGAUGCAAGACAUUUUUCUCCCCAAAGUCGACCACGCUGCUUCUGGGGAAACAUACCAGGAAUGUCUAGACAUGUUCCUCCACAGCCAGAACAUAACCAUGAGCUGAGUCAGUACAUUGAUAAAAUUGGUGGCCGGAAAGCUAUGGUGGAUAAGAUAAAUUGCAUAACCACAAGCCGUGCAUCUCUCCAGACAAGAUGUCAAGAACCAGUCAGGAUGAACAACCAUGGAGAUGUGCCCUGGAUCACAGAGAUAGAAAAGAUCUUUGGGUUACCUCCACACUACACAGACAAUGGGAACUUGACACUGAACGAGAGACAUGGUCUCUUAGGACGGGCAUGGAGCGUCCCUGUUAUUUGCCACAUUUUUCAGCCUCUCUGCCAGUACUUCUCUUGCAGAACACUUCAGAAGCCACAUAGGAAAAUAAGAAAAGCAGGAGUGAAGAGGCCUAGAAGCCCCUGCUCUCUCUGUCACCAUUAAAUUGUCCACAUUGAUUGAGAUAAGUUAUCAGGGAUUUGUGUAAUGUAAUUACAUUUUUUACUUUUUUUUUUUCUGUUUAAUAGUAUUAUGUUAAAAGGGAAGUGGCCAGUAAAACUGGAAUUUUAAAAUUACUAUGCAUAUGAAACUUUUGAAGUCAGGACCACCAUAUAGGAAAAUACUAUGGUCCUAAAUUCCUUUGUUUUCUCUCACUUAACACACUGCCACAGCCCUUAUUCAAGUAUAUCAGGAUAAUGUAAUAGUUUAUUUAGAAAUUUUUUCAUCACUGAAUCUGAACAGUCUUACUUUACUGGUAACUUUUAUUUGUAAGUUUUUGUUUUAUUGAAAUCAGUACACAAUCACUAAGGAAACAUUUUGAAGGUGAAGAAAGCUUGUUGUGAGACAAGGCUUGUUAAAGUUCUGAUUAGCUUUUAAGACUUCCAUGAUCUAUGAGCUCAGUCUGUCAUAGGGUGUGCUUGUCUGGGUUCUUUUCAUAUCAAGAAUUGUGUAUUGUUCUCUCUAUUAUUAGCAACGAGUUUAGAAGGGUAUUUUUACUUCAGACUCGCGCUCUUUUUCAGAUUUGUAUUAUUAGUUUUGAGAGUGUCAUAACUACCUAGGCCUCUCCUUAUUGUCAGGUUGUGUUUAAAGUCUUCAGCAUGUUUUUGUUUAUUGCUUUUGUAUCUGUUUAUUCUUAAGUUUGUUGUGAUCAUCA